AUGAGCCUCAACACCACAGAAGGGCCGUCUCCGACAGCAGAGAGUUCCGCAACGCCGCCCGCAAAUACUACCCCGGCAACUGCCGUGGAAGGGAUCCCUGCUGCGGCUGACGAAACUGCCGAGACGGUCUCAGUGGAAGCGACCAUCUCUAUCGUCUGCAAUGGACAAUACAAGCGGCUGACUGUUAUCAGGGGCCCAAAUGAUGACAAGAUGAAUGAGCAGUUGGAUAUUGGACAUCAUAUGCUAACGCUCAUGCUGGACGGGAAGCUCUUCCUUGCACCAAUCGGUCCAAAUCCACAGAAAGUAUUGGACGUCGGAACAGGAACUGGGAUAUGGGCUAUUGACUUCGGAGACCAAUUCCCAUCAGCAGAGGUGAUCGGUGUAGACAUAUCCCCUACACAACCGACCUUCACCGCUCCAAAUGUCAAGUUCGAGCUCGACGACGUUCAGCUUGAGUGGACCUACCAACCAAAUAGUUUCGAUUACAUCCACGUGCGCUGCAUGCUUGGCGCAAUUCAAGACUGGGCACAUCUCUAUCGUGAGAUUUACAAAUGCACCAAGCCCGGGGGGUAUAUAGAGCAUCUCGAAAUUUCAAUCAUGUUCAAAUCUGAAGACGGUACCGUGACGAAAGACCACUUUAUGGCGCAAUGGUCCAAGAUACUACUUGGUGCUGCCGAGAAGAUUGGCAAAACCUUCGCCAUCUACGACUUCAACCGGGAGAUGAUCACGCAGGCAGGCUUCGUCGACGUCGUGGAGAAGAAGUACAAGGUCCCUGUUGGCACAUGGCCGAGGGAUCCGAAGAUGAAGGAGUUGGGCCAGUGGAACUUGCUCUUUUGUCUUGAGGGGCUGGAGAGCUGGAGUUUGUAUCUACUGAGUAUGAUUUUGAAGUGGUCGUACGAGGAGAUUCAGGUGCAUAUUGCGACGAUGCGCAACCACCUUUUGAAUCGGAGGAAUCACGCUUAUUAUGAUAUCAAUGUUGUCUAUGGACGUAAACCGGGGGAGCCGUAA